ACAACAGACAUUGACAGACAGUUUGUGGAAAGUUAGAAUAAAAAUUAAAAAGUAGAGAAAUUAGAUUUAGAUACCUUCUCUUGAAGGUGACAUUAUCAUACAUGUGCAAAAUUUAGUACCAAAGUCCAAAACUUUCAAGAUCCUUAGUUAUACAGUAGUGAUUUUAAGAAAAAACUGUCUUGUGGGUUUGUCUCAUUUUCUGUUGGGUGAUCACUCACUCAGUUCCAAAUUGGCAUCUUAAAGCAGUUGUGGCUCAAAGUUCUUGGCUUUUUGCUUUGUGGGAUGUUAAUCUGCUCUAGUUGCUACAUCUCUCUCAACAAGAAUUGAAGGUUUACAAGUUCCGUGCAAUAAGAUAUCUGCAUAGACCUUUGUUUGAGAAUAUUAUUAACAUGGUUCAGACUCUGGAAGCUAUCAAGGGUGGGGGAGGAUCCAUCAGAGUUGGGACCACUGGGACAAUUAGUUCCCUGAUGACAAGGGAAUUGGAUUCGAUCAAAUCUGCACCUCAGAUGCCUCUGUCUUCCAGAACUAAACCACGUGCAGUACCUGUUUCAAUACCCUGUGGUGCUGCAACUCCUAAAAGGGUACAAGCUAGAAAAUCAUGUGAUGGGGCAAGCAGCAGUGGAAGCAGUAGCUACAUUGAUGAUAGAAGCCAUGAGAUUAUUAGGAAAACAAAAAGUUACACUAGAAAUACUCAUCGAAUACCAAUGCUCGGUUCUGAUAGUAUUGCGCUGGAUAGAACUCUUAGUAGAAAGAAAACUGAAAAGAAAGGAUCUAACAUAGUUGAAAUUGUGGACAUAAAAUGUGGGAACCAGGAUAAAGCAUGGGCUAGCCCUAUAAGUAUAACAAAUCGUCUCAAGAAGCUGGGUUUCUCGAAGCUAUCUGAGAGCAUUAUCUAAGCCUACAACUUCUUCAGAUCAGAUUUAAGGUUCCUGUAACUGAAACCAGAAAUCCCGAUUGGUCGAUUGUUGUCUGAAACUUCCACCAUAGAACAUAUGCCUGGUAGGAGCCUGCUGCCUUUAUUUUUCUUCUUUUGGGUUGCUGUCACGGAUCCAAAAGUGGGUCUGGAAUGACUGCUAGAGGAAGCCUUGUCUGUAAUAGGGAACUGAGGCUUCUGUGAGCUACCUUGGCAGCUUAAUUCGAGCUGGCUGAAGUACUCGAUUUCUUUCAUUAUAAGGGUUCCAACUGUGCCUCUAGUACCUAUUUCUACUGGAGUGUGUGCCAUUUCUUCAGGGACUUUUGUGGCAAUGGUGCUUGAUUUAUGCAUGUUUUGUUUGGUUGGAGUGAUGGAGACUUGUGGAUGAAGAGAGGAGGCUUUGGGGGGUCUUGUCUUGGUGAGGAAAUUGCUUUGAGUCUGGGUCAUUUGUUUCUGCUUUGUACCUGGUGUUUCACAUGAACUCUUUACCUCAUGUUCUUUAUCUAAAGUGAAGAGCAUUAGAUUCUUGCCUGGUAGGAGGAUUGGAUGGUGAUAUGGUCAUUGUAUUCAUGUGCUGGCAGUUAAAACAUUUAAGUUGCUUACCACUGUACCUUUUUCAAACUACUUGACUUCAUUUAAAUGUUUGCUGUAUACCUGGGUCAUAACUUGGAUUUUGAUCAGCAUUUGAUAGGGAUUAGUAGAUAGUGAUACAUGUUGAAUUGUUAUAUAGCAGGUCUAUUAUGGUUCUUGAAAUGACAUCCAAUCUCAUUACCCAA